AUGAAACUCAUGACUGCGGGUUUGUUCAAAGAUCACUGGUUUCCAAUCAUGGUUGAAGUAGUCAAUGACAAUUUCACCAUCACAACAACAUAUGAUAUGACGCCGGCAGUAACAGCAUGGAUCAAGGCUGAGAUGCUGGAAGAAUAUCAGCAGGCAAGUGGAACACACAUGCCCCAUGCGUUUGCCAAUGAUUGUGGAUUUCAGACCAUUGCAUGGAUCAUCAACCAAGCAUUGGAUCCGGACAGCAACCGUGCAAUCUCUCCCGAUGAAGCUGAGUCAUGGAGAAAGAAUUUUGCUCACCAUCUGGUCUUGUCAGGAGCACAUGAUCCACCAGUAUAUGCUUUGCCGCUUGGAGGAACAUCUGACCAGCACUUGCCAGCACUACGAGAACUCCUCGAAAAGCACGGAGUGAAUAGCAACAGGUCAUCACAAGCUGCACAAGCUUUGACGCAAAAGCUGGGAGCCGAUGUGAUCCAACGCACAUUACAAUCACCAAAGCCAUGGCAGGACUUGAAAGCAAGAGCAUCACAGUUGAAGCCUCCUUUUCGAAUUGUCUUGAGUGAAGAACUUCAAGCCAGUAUCGACAGCAAAAUCGCAUCGGGACAAGCCGUUGGCAGAAAGCAACACAAAGCAAAACAAUCCAAGCCGCAGGAACCCCAGCGCCUCAUUGCCGAUCAGGUCCAGAUCCCCAACACGAUCUUCCAGCAAGCCGAUGGAGUCCUUUUGCAACAGAUUUCCCCUAGCCAAUUCAAAGCCCAAUGCAAAGGGAUCGCGUGUGUAUCCUUUGAUGAUGCUACACCCUUCCUGCAGUUGAAAGCGCCACUCACACAGGAAGGCCUAGGUUUGAUUGUGCUUGACCAUGAUGAUCCUCGCCUGCCAUCGCAUGAUUUGGUACGUUUCCCAGCCACCUGCAAAUCUACGGGUGAACCAAUGUUGGUCAUGGGAGCUCUUUUCCAGCUAGGCCAGAAACGAGUUCACAGAGCAACACCACAAUCCGCAACCAAGAUUGAGGAAGUGGAAACACGUGUCAUCCGUGCACUGGUGUUUCAGGAUCAGACCAAACUCAAAUGGACCGAUAUCACGGACAAGCCGGUGCGAACUUUGUUUGCUGAAAGUGAGUUCACCGCAAAUCCCGAUUCCAUCGUUGACGUUUGGGACCGCCAGUAUGUGACAAAACAGUACAAACGAUGCAAACCAGAGGAAGCAGAGAUCUUCAUUGUCACUUUCCGUGUCAAGUGUCCUGCCCAUGAAGUCAUCCUAGACGCCAGCGGUCAAGCAGGGAAGUACUUUGAACCGCGUGAUCAUACGGGUAGAACCCAUUGUGAAUUUGCAAAGGAUAUCCAUGAACAACACCGCCCAGACGUGGAUUACAUGGCAGGAGAACAGAUGACCACAUACCGUGUUGGACCACUGCCUUUUGGUACCACCAAGAGCUCUCUACAGAAGCUCUACAAGGAGUGGGGGUGGACAGCACGCCCCGGCCAACCUCUGGGACAAAGUAUUGGGCAGGAAGGUGUCUUCUGGUCAACCCAAUCCAGUGAAAACCCUUCCCACUGGGUAUACUCCCUGGAACAAGGAGAUAUUUUGAUCUCACCGAUCAAACCGCACAAAACUCAGGCCAACAAAGUUCCCAGCCAAGGUUUGGUAGCGUCCAGACGGACCAUCCAAUCAAUGACACAGGUACCAGAAACAGACAAGAGCAAACCUGCCACAGAUCCAUGGCUGCAAGCCGACCCGUGGAGUCAAGGAAGUGGUUUUCCUCAUGCCUUGACACCUGCCCAAUCUGCCGCCAUCGAAGCAUCCGUUGCCAAACAUGUCACCGCAAACAUGAAGCCCCACAAAACCGGGGAUGUGGAUAUGGAAGGGGUGAAUGAUCAGAGGGUUGAUGAGUUGGAAACGAAAGUCCAAACACUGCAGCAUAAUGUGAACCAACUGACAUCCAACCUGAAUGCCUUCCAAUCCCAACAACAACAGCACAAUGGACAGAUGAGCUCCCAGAUUGUUGCGGUGAAGAACCAAGUGGAUGCACAGCAGUCCAGCCUUCAAAAAAUGCUGGAGUCAAAGAUGGAUGAUCAGAUGAGCAGGAUUGGUGAAGCUUUGAACCCCGGCCCUGUUCAACCAGAGCUUAUCCUAGGAGGGGUCUUCUAUGGAUACGCACAACAAGCCGCCACACAGGAAGGAGACCUGGAGGAGCUCUUCCGGAGAUUCGGUGAUGAGUGGCGGAAACGUUGGGACCGACAUGUGGAGAUGCCAGUUGACUAUUGGGAUCCAGUUGUAGCACACUUCACUAAGAACACACCACGAGGAAAUGCCUCAACGGCACCUUUUUCACUGCUGACCAUCAAAAAUAUCGGGAUGCAGAUGAAAGUACAGAUUGCCCUUUUUGCCAUAACGCAGACAGCCAAUUUCACAGACAUUGGGAAUGCCCAAGCCUGGAAGAUGCCAGAAAAUCUAUGCCUGAACACCACCGCCAACUGGCCAUGCAGUCGCACCCUGCCAACCUCUGACGUCUUGCAGUUCUGGUGCCCUUGUGUGACGGUCAUGGUAAGUCCAGAACGAACAGCCGCAAUUGACCAACAACUCGCGAGCUGCCGUGCACGAUACGUGGAGUGGAAGGAUCUCGAUUUCUUCGGCAUGUAGAAGUUUUGGGGGCUCAAUGUAGUCCGCUUCGGCCGUCUACUUUGAGAUCAGCAGGAAAAGUGAUGGGAAAAGUGAG